AUGAUCCAUCAUCUGAUCACCUACAUCUAUACCGAUCAGGUCGACUUCUCGGACGAAGAUGACAAGGCCAUUUCCAUUAUGAAGGCAUGGGUCUUGGCGGAGAAGUUCUGCAUGCCGGACUGGCAAAACCGACCUAUCGAUCAUCUGAUGGAGCACUGGCAAGACGACCAGGUGAGGCCGGCCAAGGUUGCUUGGGUCCUAGACAACGUCAGUAAAUCUAGCCCGCUCUAUAAGUUGGUGAUCGAUCAAUUCACCCACGAUCUCGCCUAUGAAUAUGAUUACUUUUUGGGUCAGGAGAAUCGGGAGGGAGCAGAGGAAUACGACAAAGAGUUCGGUGCGCUGUGUUCUAAAACCGGGUUCUCGGUUAAUACGUCUGGUCUGGGACGCCCUUUGUCUUCUUGA